AUGAAGGCCACUGCCGCCCUGCUGCUGCUCGCUGUGACGACUCAUGACCUUUCUUUUUCCACAGCGGCGGCAGCCUCGGCCAACAACUAUGGCUUCAAGCCGGGCACCCAGUACCAGUACCGGUUCGUGGCGAAGGUGCUGACGGGCAUCCCGGAGAUCUCCGCACAGUACUCGGCAAUGGGCCUGCGCGGCUCGCUGCUCGUGCAGGCGACCACCCCGAACGUGCUCCAGUUCAAGCUGCAGGACACCGACGUGGGCGAGCUGCGAAACAAACAGGUGGAGCUGCCCUGGCACCAGACGAUCCCGCUCAGCUGGCAGCCGGUCACCGAGCUGCGGCAGCUGCUGGAGCUGCCCUUCAUCGUCAAAAUCGAGAAAGGUAUGAUCACUGAGCUGAUUGUGGGUGGCGAAGAGCCGGAGAACAUUGUUAACAUGAAGAAGGCGAUCGUACAGCGCUGGCAGAUGAACAUGAACAAAGAGGUCAUCGCAGAGUUUCCGUCUGGCAAAUUCUUUGAGGACACCAAGCAGCCGCUGUACUUCGAGGCCGAGGAGCAGUCGAUCGGCGGCCUCUGCCUCACGGGCUACACGGUGACGCCCAUCCUGGAGCCGCAGAUCCAGCUGGAGACCAUCAAAACAUUUGAUGUCAGCGUGUACGGCGAUUGGCUCUGGACGGAGCAGAGCGUCCCAAAAGAGCUAAAAAAGCCGCGCUUUGUCAUCACCAAGAACGUCUUCCAUGACAAGUGCAAGCGUCGCCCCAUCUUCCAGCACAUGAGCCCGGCACCUGCCUCCUGCCGCGAGAACGUCACCGACUGCUUCAACACUCAGGCCAAUACCACCACGACGGUCCGCUACCUGGUUCGCGGCGACCGCAAGGCAUUCGAGAUUGAGGCAGUAGAUGCAUCCAGCAUUCAUAUGGUGUAUCCGUUCCAGUGGGUGGCCGAGCAGUUGAUGGCCAACACCUAUCAGAAGAUGCUCCUAGAAGACAGCAGGCCAAUCACAUCGCCGUUCCCCGAGCCUCCGCAGCCGUGCAGCCUGAAACUUAUCAGCUGGAGUGUGACGACUCGCGAGAGCACCACACCAGAAAGCCAGUUCAUGGCCAAGCCGACUUUGACCGAUGCCCCGGCGUUCAACAUGGCCAGGCCGAUCGUGCCUCUGCAUGAAAUUCUGAAGAAGAUUCCUGCUCAAGAUCUGAAGCAACAAGUGCUGGAGGUUUUGGUCGCCCUUGACUUCAGCUUCGAUCAGGUCCCGGAUCCGAACGUGCGAGACAUGCCUGGUAUGUUGAAUGCUCUGACGUCGCUCCUAAACGUAAUGUCACUGUCAGACAUGGAUGAGAUCUAUGGGCAGAUUUCGACCAUUCAGAACCGUAACAUCGAUGUGAUGAAGAAGCUGUUUCGUGAGGCAAUUGCCAUGACAGGCACCAAUCCCAGCAUAAUGAUGGUGAAGAAAUGGGUUGAAAGCAAAGAAGUGGUUGGUGCUGAAGCCGCAACUCUCGUAAUGUUCAUUCCAAUGCACAUUAAGACGCCUACGGUUGAAAUCGUACAAGAGCUGUUCAAUAUGCUUCAAAACGGCAUCGCAGAAAACGACGAACAUCUUCGACAGAACACCAUGCUGGCGCUCGCUACUGUCAUUAACGUCGCUUGCAUUCGACCAGCCACCGCUAGCAACGCUUUCCCCAUCACCAUGUUCAAAAAAUUCUGCAACCCUGAAACGCCGCAGCUUGUAAAGAAAUGGAUUCCGUUGUUUACUAGCCGUCUGAAUCAAGAUGCAAGUGUUCGAGAGAAGAUGGUCGCGCUAAAAGCCUUGUCAAUUUUACAGCAUCCUACCGUACUGAUGACAUUGGCGGAGGUUGCCAGCAAGACGACUGAGGACGUUCACGUGCGGGAUGCUGCCAUAUACGCUAUGAUGAAGUUCCGUGAGAUCAAUCCUGUCCUUGUGGAGGAAGUUGUCAAGCCGAUCGUGUUCAAUCGGAACGAGUUCUAUGAGGUGCGCAUUGCAGCUACUACCGUUUUGAUGGUGCUCAAUGCGCCACUGGCUACUUACCAGACUUUGGCUAUAUAUACCUGGGUGGAAAGUGAUCAGCAGAUUUCCAACUUUAUCUCAAGUUUCCUGGAGGAGGCGGCUAACAUGACUGACCUCAACGUUCCGUGGCUGUUCGAGAUUCGCGAGAAGGCCCGGGUGGUGUAUCGUCUGACUCGGCCGAUGAUUCACAGUGACUUCUACAGUCGCAACACGUUUGUUCGCAGCCAAAUUGAUCUGAUGAUGGCUACCGCCGAGCUGUUCACUGUUGUCAACAGCUCUCCUUUUGACAUUUCGUCCUUCACGUAUCGCGGUACCGUGAGAAGCUACAACAGCAUGAUUUUCUACCCGCUCCAGAUGAGCACCGAAUUUAUCGGACUUCAAAACGUAAUUGACUUCAUAAUGAAUCCUGAUAGCCAGACGAGCAUCAGUCGUUUCAACAAAGGAUCUGAACCUUUGCAGGCUGCUCUCAGCGAAGUGGCAGACAUAAAGAAACUGUUGAAGCUUGUAAAGCGAAAAAAACGAACCAUUGCUUGUUUGGCUCCAUGCGAAUAUUAUGGGUUCUUUGGAACGAGUUCUGACUUUCGACCAAGGAGCUAUCCAACAUCAUCUCAAGAAGCUCCGAGAAACUUCCAAAAGAUCAUGAAUCUGUUGAAUCACGUGAUCGGACUUCCUACUGAUAUCGGAGUACCUAUGAUGAUCAUGCGAAGUGCGCCAGCCGUUCUAUCCAUUCGCGGUGAUAUCGACUUGGAGACCAUGAAGUUCGCUGACGGCAAUCGAUUGUUUACUCUCAACGCCAAACAGCUGCAGCCAUUCAUCAACGUGAAAAUGAUGUCACUGGUUGGAGCUUUGAAUCCCUUCUCGAUGAGAAUGAUGUCUGCUGGUGUCAGCCACAACAUCAUGAUGAGCUUCCCGAUCACCGCGAGCACUCGAUGGGAGUCCCAAAGCAAACGUGUUGAGAUAUUGGCAAGGCUGAUCAACGCUCCUAACGAUAUCAAUCUCGUCCGGAUGGAGACCAAACCGUUCACAUCCGCUUGGGCUCUGACUCAGACAACUGAUACCAUGCUCCAACAUCCCGACACGAAGCCGAUGCAUGCCCGCACAACGACGACCCUGGAAAGUCGGUUCGGAAAGGAGCUGUUUGGCAUCGACAUGGCCGUAACUUACAAGAGCGAAGACGACUUCAGCAGUAUGUACGACCUGUUCCGCAAGAUGAGCGCCACCAGCAAGCUAGGUAACAUGUUCACGCUUCUACCAACGAUGCGCUACAACCUUAUCAGCUUACAUCUAAACACAGCUGAAGCUUCUACCCAGCAAAUGAUCAUCUCAUUUGCCAAGGAUACCUUUGGUCGUCACCACACCCUGAAGACGAUAAAUGACCCAGAUGCCGAGCCAGAGGAGCGCAUCGAGUGGCUGGGAGACAAGAUGCAGUACCGCGGUCAGAAGCACGCCGCUGCUGAGAAGGAGGCUCGCCGUGAGGUAAUGGAGCGCUCGCGGCGUGUGCUGCGAGACAUUCAAACGGGAGAUGCCGUUGGCUAUACUGCUGUUAUCAGCACAAUGGGCCUCAAGGAACGUCGUAUGAUCAUGGAGUUGCUGAUGGUGGAAGACGCCAGCCGCUUGAACAAGAAGGUGGAUGCCCGCUGGAUCAUGACGCCGACCUCAGAGAUGCCCACGAGCCUUGAGCUGAUUGUUAACGGACACGUUGCUUGGCCGCGUGUGCACCAGAAUCUCAAUGAAAUGCUGGCUUCCAAUAUGCACGCUCCUUUCGAGCUAACAGCAAGCAUCGGAGUCAAUGACACAAAGUCUCGCCUUGCUACGAUUGAAGGGUUCCUGCACCAGUCGGAUAUAUACAAGACCUGGGCUGCCACAAAUCGUGUCAUUCGCGAGUGCACGGACAUGCGAAACAAGGGAUUUGAGAAUGCUCCAAUCUGUGAGAUGGCCAAGAUCAAGGCAUCUCGCCUUAAUCGAGUUCGUGUGAAUCUUGACAUGAACACAAACAUAGACAAGCCGCAGUCUUCCACUGCCCUUCUCGGUGGUCAGGCUGUUAAAAAGAUCAAUGACUUGAAGAAUGGUAUCUCGUCAUGGGCUGAUGCCCUCUCCGGUUUCCUGAUGAACUCGAUCCGGCUGUCUCAUCUCUCCAGUGCGACGAAGCCAUCGAAGCUGAGUAACAAUAACCAGCGGCGAGUAGAACUCGAAUUCGAGCCGUACAGUAAGAGCUGGGCGUUGCUUGUUGAUACUUCUGACGAGGAGUUCCGUGUCAAGGGAAUUCGUCCCACGGAGACUUUGAACUGGAAAACUAAUGGUGUUUACAACAACCGCAAUAACUUUGGACUUUCUCUCCCAUUUUUGCCGUUCCUGAAUAGCAACGAAGGCAUCAAUGCAUACGAAGACAGCUGGCAGACUCGCAAUCGUAAAAUGAUGGGCAACAAUAUGCACAAGUGCGUGAUUGACGAGCGUUUCAUCAAAACCUUUGACAACGUUGUCCUACCAGUCAAGAUGAACAGCUCAUGCUGGCAUCUUAUCGCCAGUGACUGCUCAGAGAACACGAAUCUGGCGGUGCUGCUCAAGGAGAUUGCAUCUCGUCGUGCUGUCCGUAUUAUCACAAAGUCCCGCAUCAUUGAACUCACGCCCUCCGGGGUCGAGUACAUCAUGCGCGUCAACAACGACGACGGACAUCGGCUACCUGUCGGCGAGCUGGUCGUCAUCGAGAGCGAGACUGCCGACAAGAUUCCCGAGGCGCGCAUCCUGAAGUGGUCCGGAGAGCUACUGGAAGUGGAGCUGCCCCAGUACCAGGCGCGCCUCCGCAUCGUCGGUCCAGCCGUCAAGCUGAUGCUGGAGCCCAUGUUCCUCCGCAACCGCUUGUGCGGCAUCUGCGGCGACAUGAACGGCGAGUCCUCGCAGGACCUGAUCGGCCCGAAGCGCUGCCUGCUCUUCGGCGCUCGCGAGUUCCAGGCCGCCUACAUGGUGGACAAGACCUGCCAGCGCGACCCACUACCCAACUACGGCGACGACUGUGUCAAGGUGAAGCGCGAGCCCUGGAUGCUGGACUAG